UAUAAAUUAAAAUGUUUUUCAACAAUGAAAUCUGUCGCCUGCGUCACAUAGUGUUUUCGGGACCACGAUAAAACGUUUAUGAUCGAUGUCAAAUGUAACGUCGUGUAAGACAGAUUUUGAAAUCAUUUAAGUUUUUAAAAAUGCCAAACGUAAUUCCAAACGACAUAGCUUUUGAUAUGCUAGCAGUGUAUUUUGAGUUAAUGCAAAAUGCACGCAUUGCAGCCCGUAUAUACGCCCAAAGAUAUCCUGACAGAAGAUAUCCUGUCACUAUAAUCAUAUAGUCUUUACCGGUUUAGCUACCAGGCUAAGAAAUACUGAAAUUAUUCGCGGCAAUAUUCAUCGAAGACGAAGGCGAGGGCGCAUAGAGGCAAAUGUUAUAAAUAUUGUGGCCUAUAUUGAAAUAAACCCUCACAUAAGCAUGCGAAAUAUUUCUAGGGAAUUGGGAGUGUCCCUCGAUACAGUAGAAAAUAUUCUGAAAGAGCACAGGUACCUAUUUUUAUUUUUUACAACACUAAUAAGCAUCCUAUUAUCUUAUAUUUAAUGUUUUUUAUUUAGACUUCAUCUAUAUCCUACUGUACAUCCGUCGCAGUAUUUUUGGGGAACAUCCCUAGUUUUUUCCCACUGUGUGCUGUUAGUCGAGGUAGUAUCCAACGGAUUCUAAAGGCCCAUAGUUUUCAUCCGUAUAAAAAUCACCUGGUACAAGCACUCAAUGAAGACGAUUUUAUUCGGCGGUUACAAUUCUGUGAAUAUAUGAGUGAACGAAUCAUAAGAGAUGAACAUUUUCUAUUCAACACUUGCUUUUCCGACGAAUGUUCCUUUUUCUUAAAUGGCGUAGUAAAUCGUCAUAACUGUCGAUAUUGGUCCGAUUUUAAUACAGGAAUUUUGAAUUCUUGAGAUAUGCACACAGCAGCUACAAAAAUUAAAUGUUUAGGCUGGUAUUUUUAGCAAUCAUUUACUUGGGUCCUUUUUCUUACCUGGAAAUUUGACCGGUGAAUUGUAUUUGGAAUUAAUGGAAGACGUCAUAGAUCCUGCAUUAACUGCCAUAAUUGAAAAUCAGAAUGAUCGGCGGUACAUUGCGAACAGAUUGACGUUUCUACAGGAUGGUGCCCCACCACAUUACCCAUUUUCUAUAAUAUUGCCAUCGCCAGAUUUAUCACCUUAGGAUUUCUCUUUGUGGGAUCACUGAAAAAGCAAAAACUAUGCUACUUAGCGAAUAUCGUUAGGAGAUUUACGGCCAAGAAUUGUGAACGAGUACCUUCAAAUUACUCCUCAAAUAUUGCAAAAUGUGCGACAACGUUUUGAGUAAAAUUUUUAUUACUGCAUGGAGACUCAUGGUGGUCAUUUUCAAUAUUUAGUUGACUGAUAGGUGAGUUCAUUCUUGAUCUUUAAGCUACUGAAGCCAAAUAUAUUGAUCUCCACUAAUGAUCAUGUAUUAGUUUUUUUUAAGCUUUAAAUCAAUAAAUCUCCAAAACUACUAAAUUGAAGUACAUGAAUUUUACAUCAUUAUAAAGGGAAUUAAAAGACGUUUAAAAUAAAGUAUACCUUAAGAUACCUUUCAUUGAAGAUCAUUUCCAAGAGGCUGCACGUGUUAACGUUUUUAUUUUUCACUAAACUUGUCUCUCCUUCAAAAACAAAAUCAACAGGUCUGUGACGUUGUCGUUUUCGAUGCGCCACCCUAAAUAAUUGUUUCAUCAACAUUGCUUGCAUGUUUGCCAUCGGCCUUUGGUUUUACCGCUAACUGAGCUAAAGGCACUAAAUCUUCAGCAUCCCAUUCAGAAUCAUCAUUUUCUUCGUCUGGUGCAGAAAAUACAAAGCUCAGAUUCUGGAUCAUCACCCAUCAAAUCAUGAUUAGUAGCACGGCCUUCAUCGACACUAUCGUUUUCUGAACACGAACAUGAAAAUAUACUUUAAUUUUCUUCAUCUAUGAUCAUCUUGAUCUAUUCAUUAUCUUUGAUGUACGGUGGUACAAUUUACGUACACUGCAAUAUACGCAAAGUCCUAGAAAAAAAAUUAAUCCAGACGAGCUGGACCCUCCAGCCAACCUGUACCAGUUUUUUCAGGACUUUUAUGCACUCAAGUACAAGCUUGGAGCUUACCUUUGCGGCCGUGAUAGCCUUAAUGGCAGCUCUGCUGUCCGAGCAUAUUGAUACGACUGUAUUGCGGUGUCCGCAGCUUAGGAUUUUCUGUCCGCAUUUUAAUACAGCGAAUACUUCGGCCUGGAAGACAGUGGCGUGCUCCCCCUGCGAGUAUGCCCUACUGGUAUGUGGGAUCCCACCACAAAGCCCUGAUCCAGCUCUGUUAUUCAUUCUGGAGCCAUCUGUGUACCAGAUGGUCCCCCUAUUUAGCAAUGCAGGUCUGUUGGAAUGCUGCCACUCCUCUCUGCCUGCAAUGUGCGUCACGAAUCCCUCGCAGUCCACAGUCACUGGAGCCAUGCAGUCACUGCCCAUCAGAAGGAGAGGACAUUCCUGUAUGGCCCGUGAUCAAAUUUUUACGUGACCGGUCUCGCCAGCACGUAGUUCGCCGAGGACGUAUAGCCUGUACGCAGUCCUCAUUGCCUCGAAUUGCACAACGAGGUCCAGAGGCGGAAGGCUCAGCAGAGUCUCAAGCGCUCUAGUUGGCGCCGUCCGCAUGGAACCCGUUAUGCUGAGACAUGCAAGACGUUGGACUCUGUCCAGUUGAGCACGAAUUUUCGCUUUCUCCGUAGAUGGCCACCAAACGAUAGCCCCGUAUGUGAGAAGAGGUCUCACAAUGCGCGAGUAGAUCCAGUGGAGGAUCUUAGGAGACAGACCUCAGGUAUUGCCGAAAGCCCGCCUGCAGGCCCAUAGCGCGCAGGUGGCCUUCUUCAUUCUGGUGUCUGCAUGAUCGUACCAGGAGAGUUUGGGAUCUAACUUGAUUCCCAGAAAUCGAACUGUCCUGGAGUAAUGCAGCUGCACCUAGAGAUAUAACAGGGGGCGUGCCAAAGUUACGUCUCCUCGUGAAUAGUAGGAGCUUUGCUUUUUUGGGGUUAAUCUUGAGACUCCCCGAGAGGCACCAUAUGUCCACCAUACGCAGGGCUCUCAUCAUAGGACCCCGCAUUGAGACGGCGUCUCUCCCUGAGCAAAGGAUUACCAGAUCAUCAGCGUAGGUCUGUGUGUAUAGGCCAGAAUUGGUUAAAAGAUUUAUCAGGCUGUCGACCACAAGGCACCACAAGGUAGAGGACAAUACUCCUCCCUGCGGGCAGCCCCUAGCCGCCAACGUUUCGACAAUCUCGUUGUUGAGCUGGGCAGAUACAUGACGUUUCGAGAGCAUGGCCUCUAUCCAGCUAACCAAACAGGGUUCUGAGCCGCGGCUCUCGAGUGCUUGGCAGAUUAAUGCGAAAGGGGUGUUGUCGAACGCCCCUUCAAUGUCUAGAAACGCACCCAGACAGGCCUUGCCACUACCCAGAGCACCCUCCACUUUCCUCACGAGGUGGUGUAGGGCCAGGUCCGUGGAUUUGCCCGCCUGAUAGGCGUAUUGGUGCAUAUGCAGUGGUUUGUUGACCACUGGGUCAUGAAACAUGGUUGGGAUGCUUUCCUUAAGGUACCGAUCAAUCAGCCUCUCCAUCGCCUUCAGCAUAAAGCUGGUAAGGCUGAUAGGUCGGUACGAUUUGGGAUCUGUAAAAUCGCUUUUUCCCGGUUUCGGAAUGAAGACGACUUUCACUUGACGCCAUAACUUUGGGACGUAGCCCUGAGCAAGGGACGUCCUGAAUGAUAACUAUGUAUGGGGUUAGUACUUCUAACCCGUUUUGCAAAAGGCAUGGAUACAUGCCCGGAGAUUUCGCGUCUGGGUUUAUCUGGUUUGGAUUUACCUGUGACUGUUUUACUAGAAUCUCACAUUCAAAUCAUUGCUUGACUUUAAAUAUCUCUUUUACCUUAUUAAAAUAUCGUUUUGUUUUUUCAACAACCGGACUUUUAUUUAACGUUCCUCCAACCCCUAGACAACGACAUAAAAACCUACAUGCAUUUCUGAGUCACGAUGCAUCAGUACAGCAAAUUAUCACGCCUUUUUUUGUUUACAUCGUCAAAGUCACGUACGGCAGAAAGCUUCUCAGCUACUCUUUGCCUGUCCUAAUUUUUAUUGCGUAUUGGAGUUAAAUCCUUAGACACACUUUUGAGUAAUGCUUGGAUAAGUGGAGUAGAACUCUGAAUUCCCAACAGUAGUUACAAUGGAGUCGCUCCAGUUGACUUUUGAAUAGUCGAAUUUAAAACAAGCUGGAUUUUCUGUAACCCUCUCGGCCAUUCUGAUUUAAUUUGGCUCUCACUUUUCAAAAGAUUUCUUAUGAUACGCAUAUAGCGUUCUACUUGACCAUUUUCCCUGUGUACGUCAGGUGUCACAAAUGCCGUUUUGUGGAGAGAAUCUUCAUGUAUCGGUAUUUGGUGGAACCCCGAACUCAUGUCCAGAGAUGUGAAAUUACAUCCUUUUCCAAGUCUUUUCAAUUGGUCCUCUAUUAAUGGUAAGGGAUACCGGUCCUUAAAGGUGAUAUGAUUUAACUCGCGAUAAUCCACGCACAUCCUGUAUGCCCCAUUUUUCUUUUUGACUAGCAAUACUGGACUCGCAAAUGGUGAUUGACUAGGUCGUAUGAUUUUGUUGGUCAGUAGAUCUUCAAUGAUUUCACGAAUUGUCUGCCUCUCAAUAGGCGCCAAUCUGUAAGGUGAACGGUGAACAACAGCAUCCUUUGUCAGGUGUAUCUGGAAGCUCGCAUUGUUAACUGCACCUACUUUAUUGCGAGAUGUAAUAAUGCCACUGAAAUCCUGAGAGAUUGUUUCAAGAUCCUUUCGAUGCUCGUUAUAGGAAUAUCAACACCCGAAAUUUCCGUGUCUCCUGAGAAUUUUCUUGAAGCCUCAAUGGUAACAUUUGAAAGACUUUUUAAAGUAAUAUUGCAAGGAAUUACUUUAUUUUCAAAAAAAUUUAAAAAUUUUUCUGACAUUAAAGAUAAGUCCGCUUCCACUAAGGCCCGAAACGUUUGACCAUCAAUGACGACUUCCGUUGAACCGACAGUAUUUCCCAUUGAAUACAAAUUUAUAUUACGGCGUUUCUCUAUUCCAGCUUUUGUAAAACAGUUGGUAGCAUUAUGGCCCUUUUUGGCGCAAAAACUGCAAGUCUCGGUGUUUUGCUGAGAUGUACUCGGCAUAUUAUCUUGUCGGUUGCCAGGCAUCAGGCUUCUACUUCCUAAAGAAAAUUUAGCUUCUUUCACACGACCAUUAGCUUUGAUAUGACCAAGUUUUCCACACGAGAAACACUUUAGGAAUGCCCUUUUCAGAGCCACUAACCUGUUUUUCGGACAACAGGUAGGUUUUUUUACCAGAAGACGAACCAGCAUUACUUUUUUGUGAUUCCUCGUGACGCAGUGGUUUCGAAAACGGUUUUUAAUUGGAAGGCCACUAGUAGGCCCAUUUGCAUGGUCAGAGACAGACAUAAAUGGUUCUAUGUUUCAGAGAUGGAAGUUAAUUCAAAAAAUGAAGAAGGACUUCUGGAAAGUAUGGUCAACAGAAUACCUAAGUAGACUACAAAUGCGAUACAAAUGGAAAGAAGACAAAGAGAAUCUGAAAAUAGGGAAAGUAGUGCUUAUCAAAGAAGACAACAUUAACCCAGCAAGAUGGCCAUUAGCGAAAAUAACCAAAGUGCACCCAAGUGAUAACAACAAAGUUCGAGUAGUCACCCUCCGAAAAGGAAAUACGGAAACAAAAAGGGCAGUAACAAAAUUAAUCCCGUUACCAUGCGAAAAGGAACAAGACUAUCAUCAACCCGCAGAGACAGUAAAAAGCAAUGUAACAACAUCAAGGAACGACCCAAAAUUUCAGCGUAGCCGACAUCCAAAACAUGGAAUUACGCUAUUAAACAUCCUGCUAUGUUUCACCAUUUUUAUGCCAACAAGUGGGACAGCAAACUAUGCAAUCAAGCAACCCGCGAAAGGCCUAUUUAUCGAGCAUUUGGGAACAUCCAGAAUCGAAAGAGGAGAAUUUAGGCUUCAACUCAAUAUCAACAAAAGUCGAAUUGAUGAUGACAUUAAAAAGGUCUCACACGUAAUAAGUCGAUUCGAAAGCCUACGUGAGGAAGCAAAACAACUUUCAACAGCAACAAACUGUCAAACAUUGGCACACCAUCUUCUAGAUAAAGAAAAAGAGAUAGAGUUGUUUAACACUGGAUUAUUUGGAGUUCGUCGCAAAAGAAGAGGACUUUUUGGCCAAUUCCUAACAUCGGUUUUUGGAGUAAAUGAUGAAGUUUAUAGGGACAUCGACAGCUUACAGUCGAAUCAAGAAGAACUAAUUCAAACUUACAAACACCAAACCAAAGUAAUGAUCUCUGCUAUCGCGUAGAUCAAUGAUACAGAAGUAAAAAUGGAGCAGCACAUCAAUCGAUUCCAAGAGAAAAUAAGCCAAAGUAUGGAAAUCAUCAAUAAGGUGAAAGGGUAUGAGCGCAUAAUAGACAGUAAUGAAGUUAAUAUUCAUAUCCUUAUGGUCUAUCAGCUGGCAUCAAAUUUCAUAGCUGAAAUAAGUGGCUACUAUUUAAUACUGUUCAAGAUACUAUUUGAACAAGGAUCGAUUUUCACCAUCUUAUCACCAGCCCAUGUACACAAAAUUCUUCAGAAAGCCAACGAAAAAUUACCAUCUCACUUAAAAAUAAGGCAGGUACCCAUAAAGACAUCGCUACAAGAAGAGGGAAGACAAUGGGCAAAAAUUUUUACACAUUUUGCCAUUGAAGAUAUUUCCGAUUUCAACCUCCUGAAGGUAUAUCCUACAGCUCUACACGUUGAAAAUAAUUCCUACUGGUCUCUGGACAUACCUAAUGACAUUUUGGCUGUAGACUACAACAAUCAACAAUACUUUGAGCUAUCACACAAUGAGUUAACAGCAUGUAUACAUCGAAGCAGCCAUUAUUUAUGUUCGCCGACAACAGUUAGGAACAUAGACGCCAGUCCAAAUUGCGUCAUUGACGAAAUAUAUCAACGACAUCAAGGGAAUUCUUGCAACAUAACAAAACAUAACCUCCACACGACUAUUUGGAAACAGCUUUUUACUCCAAAUACAUGGAUGUUUAUCUCUCCAAAUCCCAUAAGCAUCGCAAUCACGUGCAAUGGCAUACGAGAAGAAAUGGUAUUAAACACCACUGGUAUAAUUCAAUUAACCGAAGCAUGCAUUCUAAAAACAAAACAAAAUAAUAUAAUUGCAAACCGAUUUGAUACCGUUCCUGUUGUUUCUAGUUAUACAAAAACAUCAACAUUUAUUAAUGUCAGCGACCUACACCAUACAGAAACAAACACAAUCAGCAGUUUUUCGAGAGAAGCCGUGUUCAAGGUAUCAGAUGACCUGACUAACCUUUCGAUUGACGAGCAGCGACUAGACCAGCAGCUGGAAGACAAGAUAUGGAAGAAGGUCACACUCCACUCCUAUACUGCAGGGGGCUGUACUUUACUGAUCAUCAUCCUAGUGUCUUGCGUAUUCCUAUGGGUUAUUAAAAUUAGACAAUACAAGCAACGAGAACCCAGACAUAAGACCAGAGAGACCGAGAUGGUAGAACUCCGACCCUUAAACAUUCCUCCAGCAGAAAGCAGAGAGAGCGGGGAAUAUGUCUAAACGACAUUUUUUAAAUAUUUUACAUUUUUUGGUAGUUUUAAAUAUUCAUACAUAUUUAUAUAAAAUUGUUUAUGUUAGCCGGUCAAGGUGUUUGCGAUGGAUUUUAAGCUCACGUUUGCUAUAAGUUCGCAAGGUCGAAAUUAGUAAAUAGUUAAAAUAAUGAUUACGAUGCUCACCUUGAUUUGUAUAAUUACCUCGAAUUGUUAUCUUAAGACUGAUAUAAAUAGUUGUUAAUUUUUGUGAAUAAACCAGUAUUGAAUUCUACAAUCAAGUGGUUCUCUACUCAACCUAUUACGGCCAAGCCACCCUUGCCUGUAAACCUAUAGUGAGGCUGCUAUAGGGUAAUAGGGAAUAAAAAAAGGUUUAGGGAGAAGCCCUAGAUCUUUUCAAUGACAAAAACACUAGCAGAUCAGAAACACUACGACAAUUGGCAAUUAGAGCACUGUUACGCACGUCCAGUUCAGAAAUUCCAUGUACAAUCAACUCAACCAGAUCAGGCUCACUCCAAUUAGCACGCACACUUUUCAGCAUACCAGAAUUUUCAUGCACAUAAUGGUCAUAAGUAUUUGUACAAGAACUUGUAAACUUAACAGCCUCAUCUAGCAUACGGCCUAAGUUUCUUUUUGGAGGGAAAGCUUCCAUUUGCUCGACUCAUUAAUUUCUGGUCUAAAGUACAGUAAGUCUACCGGUUCACUGGACUUUUGCGACUGUAGAGCUUUAACUAGCUCUGUCACCAGAGUCCGCGCUGAGUCACCUACCUCGAAAUCCAUUUUUCAAAACUUUAUCCACACACAAGCUUCAGUAACAAGUUUUCCAAUGCACCACUUAUCGCGAAUUGUUCUUAUGGAAGUUCCCAAGUUUAUUGGCACGUAAAGCAACGAAAAAGAAACACAAAGUCGAAGUGAUUCAACUUAUUAUAAUCUCCUGAGGGGCGGCGCACAGUGCUUCGAGUAUAUAGGACCUUGGGACAAAAAUCAGUUACUUCUAUUGGGCUAAGCGCAAUGCUCCGAAACUUAUGCAACUUUGCACAAAUAAAAGGCCCUUUCAUUGAAAGAAUUUAGAGAAUUUAAUAUCUAAUGUUACAGGGAAAUAUGCGACCAAUACAUUAAGAGCUGGACAAAUAAAAAUGUUGCUUUACUGUUAUUUUUUUAUAAAAAAACUAACUUGCCCAUUUACCCUAUGAAAAUUAA